UUCCUACUGCGGCUGGGCGCCGGCUCCGCUCCCUCGUCGACCCGCGCUCCAGCUGCGCCCGGCCCUGGCCCGGCUUGGCCCGGCCCCGGCCUCCGAGCGAAGGCGCCGCUGCCGCCUGGGCCGCUCCCAGGGCCAUGAGGAGGCGACGGCAGCCACUGCGGCCCGCGUCAAGGUGACCGGCCGGGACUGCGGCGGCGGCGAGAGCGGGCGACCUGCCUGCCUGCCAGUCCAUCUGUCCAUCUGCCGUCCAUCCAUCCGUCUACCCACCCACCCUCGCAUCCAUCUAGUCCUUGUUCAGGGCCUGCUGAGUGCUAGCACUGUGCCAAGUGUGGGGCUGCAGUAGAGGAAAAAGACAAGUCUGGUCCUUGCUGUCUUUUGGCUCACAGUCUAGUAGUGAAGUUAACGGCUACUGUUUGGAAAGAGACGUGCUGGGAUGGUUUAUCCUAUUGGCCUGGGAUUAUGAAGCCCAACAUGUGUUCCUGGACUUCUCCAGACAGGUUAUGUCACCGACAGAGGCUGCCCUGAAGCUCCCUGUGGCCUGGAGACUAUGUACAAGAGGAAUGGUCUGAUGGCUAGCGUGCUGGUCACCUCUGCCACUCCACAGGGCAGCAGCAGCUCAGACUCUCUGGAGGGCCAGGGCUGCGACUAUGCCAGCAAGAGCUACGAUGCCGUUGUCUUCGAUGUCCUGAAAGUGACCCCCGAGGAGUUUGCUAGCCAGAUCACAUUAAUGGACAUACCCGUGUUUAAAGCCAUCCAGCCGGAGGAACUAGCCAGCUGUGGAUGGAGUAAGAAGGAGAAACAUAGUCUCGCUCCCAACGUCGUGGCCUUUACCCGGAGGUUUAACCAGGUCAGUUUUUGGGUUGUACGAGAAAUUCUAACAGCACAGACUUUAAAAAUAAGGGCAGAAAUCCUGAGCCAUUUUGUGAAAAUAGCCAAGAAACUUCUAGAACUCAACAACCUUCAUUCUCUCAUGUCUGUGGUGUCAGCAUUACAAAGUGCACCCAUCUUCAGGCUGACAAAAACCUGGGCUCUGUUGAAUCGAAAAGACAAGACCACCUUUGAGAAAUUGGACUACCUGAUGUCUAAAGAAGAUAAUUACAAGCGGACUCGGGAAUAUAUCCGAAGCCUGAAGAUGGUUCCCAGUAUUCCCUAUCUAGGCAUCUAUCUUCUGGAUUUAAUCUACAUUGAUUCUGCAUAUCCUGCCUCAGGCAGCAUCAUGGAAAACGAACAAAGAUCCAAUCAGAUGAACAAUAUUCUCCGAAUAAUUGCGGAUUUACAAGUUUCCUGCAGCUACGACCACCUCACAACCCUACCCCACGUGCAGAAGUACCUGAAGUCCGUGCGCUACAUUGAAGAGCUCCAGAAGUUUGUGGAAGACGACAACUACAAACUGUCGCUCAGAAUUGAGCCAGGAAGCAGCUCCCCGAGACUAGUCUCUUCCAAGGAAGAUCUUGCAGCCCCCGCUGGUGGCUCCAGUUCUGCGAGGUUCAGCCGGCGGCCCACCUGUCCUGACGCAUCUGUGGCUGGCAGCCUCCCCACGCCCCCAGUUCCGAGACACAGGAAGAGCCACAGCCUGGGCAACAAUAUGAUGUGUCAGUUGAGUGUAGUUGAGAGUAAAAGUGCGACAUUCCCAUCGGAGAAAGCGAGGCACCUGCUGGACGACAGCGUCCUGGAGUCGCUCAGCCCCCGCAGGGGCCUCGCCCUCGCCUCCUCCUCUGCCGUCACCAAUGGACUCGCCCUCGGCAGUAGUGAGAGCUCAGAGUUUAGUGAAGAGACGUCUUCAGGGCUGGCAAGCAGGGGACGUCUCUAUGCCACGCUGGGGCCCAACUGGCGGGUUCCAGUUCGGAAUUCUCCCAGAACCCGGAGCUGCGUCUACAGCCCCACCGGCCCGUGCAUCUGUACGCUGGGGAGCUCGGCAGCGGUCCCCACCAUGGAGGGGCCUCUGAGAAGGAAAACUCUGCUCAAGGAAGGACGGAAGCCCGCGCUGUCCUCGUGGACCAGGUACUGGGUCAUACUCUCAGGAUCCACCCUCCUGUACUACGGAGCCAAGUCCUUGAGGGGCACAGACAGAAAACACUAUAAAUCCACACCUGGCAAAAAGGUCUCCGUCGUGGGCUGGAUGGUGCAGCUGCCCGAUGACCCCGAGCACCCGGACAUCUUCCAGCUGAAUAACCCCGACAAAGGCAAUGUUUACAAGUUCCAGACUGGUUCCCGGUUUCAUGCAAUACUGUGGCACAAGCAUUUGGAUGACGCAUGUAAAAGCAACAGGCCUCAGGACCAGGCUUCAGGAGAAAUGCUUUACGUGCAGGAAUUGGCCGAAUCCUCCCAACAUCCCUGUGAGGUAGGUUCCCAUACUGUCUCCGUUUUAUGCUGAGGGCACUGAGGCUCAGAAAGUGGCAGACACUUGUUUAAGGCCCCACGGUGAGUAAGAUCUAACCCCGGUCUGCCUGACACCAGAGUCUGUACUUUGCCGGCCCGGAGAUCUCCCGCCGCAUGCUUCCUGGGGGGGAGGCGGGGGGCGGGGACCUGGCUUGCUCAGCCUCCUGCCAUCAAGCCAGAGGCCUGGAAGCACAGCCUCUGCUGUCCAGGCUUGCUAGAGGGGUGGCUGCUCAGCCCUCACACCAGCCCGGGCAGCAGGUGGGCUGCUGGGGCCAGGAGCCCUGAGCUUCCCUGACAUGUUCCCCAGGGAUGAGCUGGAAGAGGGGCUGGGGAGCUGGGUCCCUCUCCUCCGUCUGGAGAGAGAGCACCAUGGCUGGAAUAGACGGUGGCAGCUUCGAGGAGGAGGAAGGUAGUGCCGAGUUCACAGCAGGCGUGUGAGGCCGGGAGGGCAGGGGCUGCAGUGGUGCUGGUCACAACACAGUCACAGACUUCCUGGCCCCUCAAAGCGGCUCUCAUAAGGCAGAGGGAGGUCUCUAGUGGUGUGUCCCAUGAUUCUGUGCUCAGUUUGGGCCUAUUCAGGAUUUUCAUCUGUAACAUCGAUGAAGACAUAUGUAACAAGCUGAUCAAAUUCUACACGAUAAGAAGCUAGACGGCGAAAUUAGCAGAAAGUCCUUGACAAACUAAAACAGUAGGACAAGACUGAUAAAGGGGUAAACUUGAGGCACCACAGGGAAACUGAAAAUAAAUUGCAUUCGAGUCCCUCAACUCACUUGCUAGAAAUUUGUCUGGGGCAUAUGCGCACACAUGCACACACAGGUGUAUGGGUGAGAAUGUCCACUGCAGCAUUGUCCUUAAUAGAAAGAGGAAAAAAAAGCACGUGGAAACUCGGCGACCCUCAGUAAACCCCUACUGUGUACCCCCUGAUCUGUGUGUGAUCACCUGAAAGGGGCUCCAAGACAUAAGUGAAAAAGUAAAGUGUAAAAACACGCGUAAGGGCAAUCUCAUUUGUAUUAAAAUACACGUGCAUAUUUAUUAUAUGCGUGUCGGUGCCCAUAAAAUGUCUAAAAUGACGUACAAGAGAACUACAGCUCUGCGGUCUCUAGACUGUAUUUUGUGCUUGAGCAAAUGUAACUGCCCAUCUCCACGAUGGGGAGACCAGGGUCUUUGGUUGAUGGUUACCUCAAGGCGAUGAACAAGGUGCUGCCUCAGGUCACGUUAAGAGAGGAAGAGCGUCCUGACCUCCUCCGCCCUGGUCACUCUGUGCAUGCCUGGGGCCCCUCCUUAGCUCUGAGGGCCACUCUGAGAGCACAUCGCACUGGAGCUCACCUGCCACACACAGGUGACCCGGAGGAGUGACAAGGACUGAGGUGGGCCACACAGAUGGUGGGGGCAGAGAGAGGCAGGGCCUUGGUGUCUGCUCCACAGUGACAGUCGUGGCCCUGGUGGGGGGCAGCCGGGAGCAGGGACGGUUGCUCUGAGCAAGUGUCCUCUGGCUCUCUGGGGGUGGAGGCAGCCUGAGGGUAGCAGCAGCUGUGCAGCAGGUAGCAGGGAAGUGGGUCAAACCCACUUGGUAGAGGAGGUGUUUGGUCAGAAAGACAAAUGGACUGAAUUUCACGUCUGGCAAACAUGGUAUACCAUGACAAGCUUUGGCAACGUUUAAGUAUUUUUGUCCAGUUUUUAGACCUAAGGGAGACGGUCUUCUAUGUUUUCUACUUUUCUCCCUUUUUAUUUCUAAUUUACUUUCAAACAAAUGUUCCCACCCUCUGCUUUAUGUAAUAAGAAAAAAUUGGCAAAACUAAAUAUUCCACAGCAGAGGAUUAUUGAAAUAAGCCACACUACCUGCAUGUGAUGGCAUGGGGCUCCGACGAGGGCAUUACAGAAAUGCAUCUACUCCUGUAGAAAAUCUCAGUGACUAAGGUGACUUUUCUUUUUUGUGGAACUGCAUUUCUUAAAAUUGUGUGUGCUAGCACUGAAUACUAGCUAUCAACUUUAUUGAUAGCAUAUGCGUAAGGUGUAAACCACAGCAAUAAAGCAAACACUCGUGUACCCACCACCCAGUCUAAAGGCAGGACCUCCCCAGUCCUCGGAACACCUCCCUCCCAAGGGCUUCUUCGUAAUUCUGUCUCCCUCCCGCUCACCUAUGCCCCAUAACCACUCUCCUGAUUUGUUUGUUUACCAUUCCCUUAAAAUGUGAACACAUGUAUUUGGUUCCUUAAUGUAUUGUCUGGGGUGCAUUUUUUAAAACUUUUUUUUAAAGAAUAGAACCAUAACUGUCUAGUUUCUUCUGUGACUUGCUUUUCUCCUACAGUAUGUUCCUAAGAUUCCUCUAUGUCAGUGUGCAUAGCUGUCAUUCAUUUACUUGUAAUUUUUUUUUAUCAGUUCUUCUGUCCGUGAUCCCAAGAAUAAUUUCCUGCUUUUGGCUAUUCUGAACAGUGCUGCUGUGACCGUUCUUAUAACUGUCUCCCAGUGCAAGGAGAUGCAUUUUUUCCAAUUCAUCAUUUUGACCAAAUUGCUACCAAGAUGGAUUUGUUUUUGAUGAAAUUGCUUCUCAUCAAAUUCCCUGGAACCCCACGGCAGUGCUGGGGGAGGAGGCCUGGGGCUGGGGGCGUGUCCGCAGCUUUGAGGGGAAGGAGAAACACCCUGACCUUGGGGCUGGUGGUCCCCCCAGUAAAGGUAGCUGGGAUCUGGGCCUGGGGACACAGCAUGGGGAGCCUUGGGGUUCCCGAUAUCCCCAAAUUUCCCCCUUCUCCUUGUGCUUCCACUUGCCAACUCCUGCCACCCGCUAACCACCCCCUCGCCUCUCCAGAGGCAUGUGCUUACCCUGCAGGAUUGGUCAGCUCUCCACUCCAAAAUCACUUGUGCUUUAACCCAAGGAUAGAGGUUGAGAGCGUGGGCGCUGGUGUCUUAGCCCUGUCCCUCACCCGCUGUGUACUUCACCUCUCUAAGCCUCAGUUUCCUCAUCUUUUUAAUGGGGACAAUUCCAGUACCUGCCUCCUGGGGUUGCUGUGAGGACUCAGGACACAAUACAGAUGCGGUACUCAGGGCCUUGCCUGGCACAUAGCAGCCCCGUAACACGUGGUGGCUGGUACCACUGCUGUGCCCUCUCCCCUUCCCCCACCACCCACUCAUUCACAGACUGACUGGGAGAGGCCUGAACCCUUCCCUUAGGGACCACCCCCGUCCCCUCCUGAAAGGUCAGAACUUUGACAAGAGGCUGAGCUUUCUCUUCUAGGUACCUGCAAACCUUAUGUCAUUUGAAUAAGUCUCUGCAGGACUUAGCGUGACUUCAGAGGCCUCUGGGAGCCGGCCUGGGACUGGUGGCGAAGCGCGUGUCCGGGGCACAGGCCUUUGGUGGGGUGCUGGGAGACUCAGAGCUGGACUCAAGGGGACACGGCCGAGGCCUCACAGUCCAGAGGGCUCCACCGGUGCGGGGGUCCGCCUGCCGAUGCCCAGCCACCCCCAUGACCCCCGUUCUGCAGCACCGCCUCACGGGUCCACGAUGGGUCCCCAGACUGUACAACCCAUCCUCCCUCCCUGGGCCCUCAUCCGUCCACCAGCUGCUGCUGCGACCAGAGAGCAUCCGUCCCACGCUGGGUCCCCAGUGCUUUCUCCUGCACAAAAGAGUGGACAGCGUCCCCCCGCGUGAGGGCUGGAGGGAAGGGACGGGCGGGGACUGGCUCCAGUGUGCCGGGUCGCUCGCCCACAGGGCUGCCUCAGAUUUUGUACAACCCCGAAGCGUCCUCUGCGUGUGCGUGCCGUGUCUGUGUGCGUGCAAGCGAGCGAGCGUGGACUCUCCGAGAAACAUGCAUUUUGGCACAAGACUCGUGACAUCACACACUUCAUUCUCUUUGAGGCCCUGCUUUAACCUUAAGCGAUAGGCUGGUCCACCGAGGAAGGUCAGAGUGAGAGCCCAGAUUCCUUCUGUGUUAAGGGUCCCUCGCAUUCUUUUACUGUAAACAAACAAUGCCUUAAAUUGUGUCUUGUUUUCUGUUCCUAUGGGUGCUAUUCAUCCGGAAGGCCUGCUCCCUGGGCCCCUGGGGCCCUCCCAGGCCUUGUUGCCGUCAGCUCUUCUGAGGCAGGACCCAGCUUCGGGACCGUGGACUGGGCCGGCACUGGCCUGCUUGCUUCCUCCCAGCCCCACUCCCGCAGGGUCUGAAGGCCCCGCUCUUCUCACCCCUCCCCCCGCCCCCGGGUCAGCAUGGGAAGUCGUGACGCUUUCUGCCAGCUUCUCGAGGCCGCCUGCGCGCACGGUGACCUGACCGGCUGCUCAGAAGCUACUUUGCACCAACCUCUCCCCGAGCAAGGCUUUUGCUCCCAUCCUCUCACCCCUUUGCCUCCACUGCCAGGGCAGGGCCACUGGGAUUCUUGAUUACACUGGGGAGCUGAGUGACACUGAGGCCUUAAGCUCCCCCAUUCUUGCCCCCAAACACAGUCACCAGCAAGUUCUCCAUCAUCCAAGUCCAAGGGCACAAUUGUUGACGACCAUGGUGACGAGAGCAAAGCCCUGGGGAGGGGACAGUCCGAGCUCUGCUUUCGGCUGAGAGCUCUUCAGGUGAACAAUGUCCUUCAUCUGUCACUCCUUGUCAUACUUUUAAGUGACUUUUAUUUUGCACAAAUACAUUUUUAUUUAAAGUAAUGAAUAAAAAUUAGCUUUAUUUAUGGUAGCUUUUAUCACCAUAGCUUCUCCCUUCAGCCCUUCCCCACCCUCUCUCCUUCCCUCCCCCUCCCUCUCUUUCCCCCUCUCUCUUUUUUUUUAAUCUGGGUGUCCUAAUUCUGAGAAGGAAACUCUUAAUGAUUUUCUGAAAGAGACUGAAUUUCUGGGUCCUUGUUGCUGUUGUGGUUUCAGAGCUCACACUGAUCAGACACCAAACGACUCUUAAGAGUUUCUGAGCAAGAUGCUUCAAAACAACAUCUUAACCAAUAAACUAUAAAAAUAGGUCGACUUAAGAACUACCAAAGGACCCACCACUGUAUUUUGAUCAAACGGUGACCACUUUUCUGAAAAUUCAGAUGAAUUGGUGAGGAAAGUAAUUGUCAUCAGGUCUUAUUUUGUGGUUGAGUCUUACUAUGCUCCGUAACUAACCCUCCUUCAGAGCAAAAUCUAGAAUACUUUCGUGCCAGGAGAAACUCCAGAUGGUGAAAUUGAGACCAGCAAACCUUGGUCAUCGGUGCUUUGCACACCCUCACGCAGCUGGGGUCGAAUGCAUGCACCUAAUCCAUACCAACCAACUGCUCAAAUUAGCAUCUGGAGGCCGAAUGAAUACAGCAGACACUCCAGACAUCUCUCACCAGAACCGUGCAGUGUUAACACUUUAACCUACAUUGAAAAUGAUUCUACCUGUUAAUUUUUUUUAAGUCUUAAGUUUGAAUGAAAUUGCCAGACUACUUUCCUUGAAUUUCUCUACUCUUCAGACUCUCCUGGCUUUUCUGACAUGAAAUUAUAGAAGCCAAUCCAAAAACCUCAAAAUUUCAGACUCACACUAAAUCAGGUACUUUCCUGCCCUUUACACAGUUUCCUUGUCUUUACAAAUGUUCUCCUCUGAGCCUAAUUUUGAAAUAGCACAAUUGCAAUUCUUUUCAAAGUGUCUGGUCUUCUCACUAAAAUUGAGAUUGAUCCCAUGUCCCCUCCCGGAAACAUUCCUAGCUUGGAUUCUCAUAGAACUGGUAAGAACCUUGAACUUACCAGAAGAGUCCUGCACAUGAGGCUGUAAGGCACUUGGCUCUCUCCCAGCAGGGGCUCAGGGCCAGGCAUGUGAGUUAAGUGCUGAUUGUCUUUCCAGUGUUGGUUUGUCCCUCAAGCUGCAGGUGAGGAGGCCUGCAAGCCAGGGACAGAGGGGGACAGGCACAAAACCCCAAAGGGGAAAGUCCCCGGGUAGAUUCUGGCCCUGGAAGGUAGCAUUUCUGGGUCUUGCUCUUUGACUAGCCAUGGUGCACAAAUGUCUGUGAAAACAUUGAAGGUGACGUGUCUUGCAUGCAUAUGUUGUAUCAUUUUUUGUUAAGCAAAGAGAUCAUGGCACCCCAGGAUGAAAGUUUUAGAAUGCUAUCUACAAACCGUGGAGUAGGUAGCAGGUAUCCUCAUGAUGCCGCCCACACAGCUCACUCCCCUCUCCCCGGGAGUAAUUUUCACCUCUCUCAGUCCAACACGUUUUGUAACGCAAGGUCAGCUAAGUGCAUUCUGACAACUGAAACUUCGUGGAGGAUAGAUUUGGUGGAAAGCAGUAGAAAUAUUGUUCUGAGCGUGCCCAGAGGGACAGUGUGGCCUCCCUUCCCUCCCUGAAGAAGCCUGCCCGUUCAUCACUCUGUCCCCUGUGGACCCUAAAGAGAAGACACUUGAAGGGAUUCUGCUUAUGAAAGAACCCGCUCUCUCUUGCCAACUGAGUUUAUAAAGUGUUUUUUAUUCUUACCAAUAUGGCCAGUAUUUCUUUCAUCGUCUUCCUCCCACCUCCCAAGCCCAAGAAGUGUAUCUUUUAGGAUGCCACUGUACAGGUGGAAAAAUGGUCCAUGGAAACAGGAAGUCAUUCGCAAGCAGGGUCUGCUUCCAUUCCACAGGCGGAGUCUAGAGCUCUGGAUCCACGUUACUGUUGCUUAGAACCAGGUGAACAUUGCUAAAAACACAACCUAACUUAUUUUUUGUGACUUUCAUGAAGCACUUUAAUCAGCCCCACAUUAUUCUGCCUGUUGGGUGACUUCAUGUUUUAAAAAGAAAAAAAAAAAACAAACUACAAGAGUCCCUCUGAAAUAACAGAUCCUCUGUGUGAAACCACCCAUUCAUCCAUUGAUUCUCAUCUCUUGUGAGUGCUUCCUGUGUGCCAGGCUCCACCCAGGAUAGAAAUGUCUGAGAACAAGACAAACCCAAGCCCUGCCCUCAUGGAGGUGACCCCUCAACGAACAAAUAACCUUCACCAUGCCAUUUCCUCUCUCCCAGCAAGACCCUGCCUCCCUCCUAGCACAGGGUAGAAACCAGGUGCGGAUUCCUCCAGAAAAGCCUUCAAAGAGCUCAACAGAUUGAAGAGUCCAGUUGCUGUCCCAGCGACUGGCUGGCACAGAGCAGCCAGGCACAGAGCUACGGCUGAACACAGUGAGGACUCCGAGGUGGAGCCGGAGGGUAGGGUCAGAAUGCUCACAGCAUUUACUUCAGAGGUUUUUUGGUUUUAAUUUCAAUGUUAAAGACAAGUACAGCAUGAGUGAGAGCUGCAUCUCCUUGGGUGUCGAGAACUCGUCCCAUGGACCACCUCGGCGCUGGUGUUGCACAAGUGUGUGUGCGCCACGGGCAGCCCCAAAACCCCUGCUCGCAGCAGCAGCGAUGGAUCGUCUGUCAGUUCUAUAACCACUCAUCUCUUUAUCCAUUUCUGAAUGACUGUGACCAUUCAAUAAUGAAACAAUAGUGGUUAAUUUAUUAGUAUGGUAUAAUCUUCAAUAAAUUCUGUGCCAAAAUGCAUGGUUUUCCACUUAGCAUUCAAAAUGUUGCAUAGAGAGUAGUUUUCAAUUUCUUAUGUAUUAUUCAAAGUAAGUUGAAAAUCAGUUUUUACAUUUUAAUUUGUCUCCUGUUCAAUCUGUCGCACUCUCCUGGGCUGUCUUUUUUCCCGGCAGACCCCCUGCAUGCAGUUGUGUAAGGACUUUCCCUAAUUCUUGUGAAUUGUCUCAUCCACAGUAACCACUGAACAUCAGCCCUCUGUGGGAUUCUUUAGAUUUUUGGUGAAGUAUUUUGUUACCUCAGUCUUGUAUCAAGUUGCUGUAUUUUUCAGCUUGUUACACUGAUAAUUGUUUCACUAAUUAAAUAGUUUAGUGUAAACAUUUUUGUUUACUUUGAAAUUAAAUGUGUUUUCCAAUGAAUAUUGCUCAAUUUAUUAAAGUCACGU